AUGGGCAACAUUGAGGUAAGGCCGACAUCACCGUCAUUGUCUGACAACGACAGCAACGCAGACAACGAUUCGACCGCGUCGUCCUCUGAAGUCGUACCGCCGUCUGCGCGCCUGAACGACGACUGUGACGACGACGACGGCGGUGAUGGCGACGACGACGACGAACAAGAGGACGACGACGUCGUUCAAUCGGAAGGCGAAAAUCGGACGAAUGUUUCAAACCGGAGAAAUCGACAGCAGAGGACGACUUCGGGUCGGCGAAAGGAAGUCGUGAGGCGGAACAGACCGACUGUGGCCGCGAACGAAGACGGCGACACCGAACAGCCGCCGUGGUCAGCCGUGGUGGACCACCACGCUGGAGGGUCGUCGCAGGCGGCCACCGGACGUUGGGCACGGACAAGCCGACCACCGCAGGUCCGAGACCGGUCGCGGUCACCGUGUACGCGGUUGUCGUGUUCGCGGACACACCACCGCAACCAAAGCAGAGUCAGCCGUCGCAGUCGCCGUUGGUCGGCAGACCCAGCCGAGCCCGUCGUCAUGAUUGCGGCCGAAGAACGGGUCGUGGUGCCCAAACCCCAGCCCCGCCCUCGCAGGUCCAAAAGAACAACGGCCGGCCAGUGGAGGAGGAGGAGUUGA